AUGAGCUCCAUAGCAGGCAGAUUCCCGCUCAAAUUAGGAAGUAUAUACUUAGUGUUUAAUGUAAUCAAGAACUGGCUCAUAAUGAUACAUAACAUGAGAUAUCCCCCAGGUGGAUUAGUAUUACCAGAGUUACCGUGCGUCGUUGUCCGGCAACAGUGGAAUCCGCCACCGGAUGUUAUUGGAAGGCGCUCAACAUCCAUAGUGCAAAUCAUUGCGUUCACAGGUGGCCUACCCUCACGUUUUUUUAAAAAAACCUUUUUACUUUCUUAUAUCCACAAGUAUACUAUGUGGAGUAUCUUUUGUCUCCACCAAGCCUUGUCGAGAGAAGGCCAUAGAUUCAAAACACCAACAUCAUGCACUUCACUAAGCGCACCGGCCGCGCCCUAUUCGCAAACCCUGCGAAACAAUUCUCGACAACCUCCCGACGCCAACUAUCAGGUCUCAAGAUCAACCACAACCGACUAUGGGAAACGUUGCACGAAACGUGCGAAUGGGGCGCCGCUCAUAGAUACGGCAAAUACUGGCAUGGCUCGUCUAACCCUGACUGAUGCCGACGCGAGUGUGCGUCGCUGGCUCGAUGAUGAAGUCAAAAAGCUGGGUUGCACACUCCAUGUGGACCAAAUGGGCAACAUGUUCGCAAGACAGAAAGGUCGACUGAACUCGUCAGCGCCUAUGGUUGCCAUGGGCAGUCACUUGGACACACAGCCGCGUGGUGGUCGCUAUGAUGGAAUCCUCGGUGUAAUGGCGGCCUUGGAGGUGUUGCGAACAAUGAAGGAGAAUGGGUAUCAAACGAACUAUGAUGUCGGUCUGGUGAAUUGGACUAACGAGGAAGGAGCUCGGUUCCCUAAGUCCAUGUGCUCCUCCGGCGUAUGGGCUGGCGUAAUCCCCAUUGAACAGGCCUGGAAUCUUCAGGAUAUCCAUGAUCCUAACGUAACACUCCGUUCUGAAUUAGAACGACAUGGAUACCUCGGUGACAUCCCCUGUUCGCCCGAGGGCUUCCCCCUCGGCGCACACUUUGAGCUGCAUAUUGAACAAGGUCCUAUCCUCGUGGAAACCGGCCGGUCGCUAGGCGUAGUCCAAGGCGGCCAGGGAUACAGAUGGCUAACAUUCACCGUUUACGGACGAGAUGCGCACACGGGCACGACUCCCUUCAGCGCUCGCCAGGACCCCCUACUCGCCGCAUCUAAGAUGAUUGCCUCGUCGAACGAGAUCGCAAAGCAACAUGGGGCGCUGGCCUCCACCGGUGUGCUCAAGAUACCGUCUAACGCGUCUACGAACACCGUUGCUUCGCAAGUAACAUUCACCCUGGACAUCCGGCAUCUCGAGGAUGAAGUGGUGCACGCUGUACAGAAGGAAUGUCUUGAAUCCUUCGCUAACAUCGCAAAGCAAGAUGGGAAGGGUGUUUCGUUCGACUGGACGAUGGACACGGAUUCUGCUGCUGUCAAGUUUAACAAGGACUGCAUCGAUGCAGUUCGCACUGCCGCUGACGAGCUUGUUGGCGCUGGCCAGUACAUGGAUAUCACCAGCGGUGCUGGACAUGAUACUGUGAAUACUAGUAGACACUGUCCCUCAACUAUGAUCUUUGUUCCGUGCCGCGACGGCGUCAGUCAUCAUCCGGAGGAGUAUUGCCGCCCUGAAGAUUGUGCCCUAGGAACUCAAGCCUUACUUGAGGCGGUGGUUAACUACGACCAAGCUCGGAUGAAGAAAGAGGCCAACGCAUAG